UCCACCAGCCAAUUACCUGGCCCUUGCCUGCCCCCCUUUCUUCCCGGUGGCCACCAUCAGAUCGCAGGAGCUGCCGUGGCCUGACUCAGCCAAUAUGGAGGGGGGUGCUGGGACUGUCCCCUGUGAACACUUUGAGGCCAACGUGCUUGCCCAGGGUUGCUGUCAAAACUGCUUUCACCCCGAGGAGGCCCACAGAGCGAGGAGCCAGGAGCCGGGGAGCCCUCCAGGUGCUGAGGUGCCUUACUGCGACCUGCCUCGCCGCCUGCCUGUCUCUGAGGGUCCUCUCGGUUCCUCGACCUCCGGCUGCCAGUCCGUGGUGGGCCUGGGCCUUGGGCCAGGGCCAGAGAGGGGCCCGUCAGCAGGGUCCUCUGCAGAGGGCCCCACAGCCGCCCCCAGGAGCCAGGGCCAAGAGGCAGUGCCCUACCUGGAGGGUCUGGCCUCCUCCCUGAGCGGCAACUUCGACGAAGGCCCCGACUCCGGCACCAGCUCCAGCCCUGAGUGCAACACCCCUGAUGAUCCCAGCGACUCGUCCUCCGUGGACUGGGACACUGUUGAAAGGCAGGAAGAGGCUCCCAGCUGGGACGAGCUCACCGUGAUGAUCCCAAGGAAGCCCCAGGAGGGACCCAGAGCUGACAGUGCCCGAAGGGUUCCAUGUCCCGUCACCCGGGCCCCUGCGGGAGGAGAUACCGCAGGCCAGAGAAAGGAAGACACCUGCAGGCGGAGCCGAAGUGCUGGUCAGCACUGGGCCAAGCUCCGGGGAGAAAGUGGAUACUUCUUGGAGCAGCACCGCUCAGCGCUGACCCAGGCUUCCUGUGCAACGCCACAGAGCGGACCUCGAAGUGCCACCCCCCAGGCUUCCUCUCUCCAUCGUUCUACCCAAAGGGACGUUAUCCAGACUGCUUCCACGCAGCUUGCUAACCCCCGAGCCUCCUCUCCCCCACAAAUCACCCAACGGGACCACCCCAGGACCUCUUUCACACAGCAAAACACCCCCAGUGCAUCCUCUCCUUCAAGACUUGCCCAACGGGAUAACCCCAGAGCCUCCUCUCCCAACAGAACCACUCAACGGGACAACCCCAGGACAUCCUGUGCCCAACGGGACAACGCCAGAGUGUCCUCUCCCAACAGAACCACUCCACGGGACAACCCCAGGACAUCCUGUGCCCAACGGGACAAUCCCAGAGCCUCCUCUCCCAACAGAACCACUCCACGGGACAACCCCAGGACAUCCUGUGCCCAACGGGACAAUCCCAGAGCCUCCUCUCACAGAACCACUCCACGGGACAACCCCAGGACAUCCUGUGCCCAACGGGACAAUCCCAGAGCCUCCUCUCCCAACAGAACCACUCCACGGGACAACCCCAGGACAUCCUGUGCCCAACGGGACAAUCCCAGAGCCUCUUCUCCCAACAGAGCCACCCAACGGGACAACCCCAGGACAUCCUGUGCCCAACGGGACAAUCCCAGAGCCUCCUCUCCCAACAGAGCCACCCAACGGGACAACCCCAGGACAUCCUGUGCCCAACGGGACAAUCCCAGAGCCUCCUCUCCCAACAGAACCACCCAACGGGACAAUCCCAGAGCCUCCUCUCCCAACAGAACCACCCAACGGGACAACCUCAGAGCCUCCUCUCCCAACAGAACCACUUCACGGGACAACCCCAGGACAUCCUGUGAACGGGACAAUCCCAGAGCCUUCCUCUCUCACAGAACCACUCCACGGGACAACCCCAGAACAUCCUGUGCCCAACGGGACAACGCCAGAGCCUCCUCUCCCGACAGAACCACCCAACGGGACAACCCCAGAGCCUCCUCUCCCAACAGAACCACUCACGGACAACCCAGGGCAUCCUGUGCCCAACGGGACAAUCCCAGGACCUCUUCUACCCAAAAGGACAACCUUAAAACCUCUUGUACCCAAUGGAACAACCUCAGAACCUCUUCUACUCAACGAGACUACCCGCAAUCUUCCUCUCGGCAGGACAACCCUGGAACUUCCUCCCCUCGAUGCUCCACUCAACGGAACAAUCCCCGGAAUGCUUCUCCCCAUCGUACUAACAAAGAUAUCCCCUGGGCCCCUUUCCCUCGCCCAACCCAGAGUGAAGGCCCCCGAACCUCCUCCCCAUCUCGCUCCAAGCAAAGUGAGGUCCCCUGGGCAUCCAUUGCCCUUCGGCCAACCCAAGGUGACAGGCCUCAGACCUCAUCUCCCAGUAGGCCAGCUCAGCGUGACCCACUGUCCUCCUCUGGAUCUACUCAGUAUAGCCCACCACCCCGGGCCACUUCCUCUUCCCAUAACCUGGGCCACCACAGUGCCUCCCGGACUUCUUCACCUCCGUACCCUGCUACCCGCGGGGCACCCCAGACCUCUUCUGAGCCCUCCCAGCCUCCAUGUUCUGUGUGUAUUGGGCAUCGGGAUGCACCUCGAGCUUCUUCCCCUCCUCGCUAUUUGCAACAUGACCCCUUCCCUUUCUUCCCAGACCCCCAUGCAUCUGAGAGUGAAUCACCCCACCACAACCCCCCCUAUAUACCUCCAGCUGUGUGCAUCGGACACCGGGAUGCCCCCCGGGCCUCCUCACCCCCCCGCCACGCCCAGUUUGAUCCCUUUCCCUUCCUCCCAGACACAUCAGAUGCUGAGACUCAGUCCCCCCAGCACGAUCCUCCUCAGUUCCCCCCACCUGUAUGUAUCGGGUACCGUGAUGCACCCCGGGCCUCCUCCCCGCCGCGCCAGGCCCCAGAGCCCUCCCUCCUGUUCCAGGAUCUCCCCAGGGCCAGCACCGAGAGCCUUGUCCCCUCCACAGACUCUCUGCACGAGCCCCCCCACAUCCCCACCCCUGUGUGCAUUGGGCACCGGGAUGCCCCCUCCUUCUCAUCCCCACCACGCCAGGCCCCUGAGCCCUCCCUUUUCUUCCAGGAUCCCCCAGGGACUAGUAUGGAGAGCCUGGCCCCCUCCACCGACUCUCUGCAUGGCUCCCCAGUGCUGCCCCCCCAAGUGUGCAUCGGACACCGGGAUGCACCUCGAGCCUCCUCCCCGCCCCGCCACCCCCCCAGUGACCUAGCGCUCCUGGUAUCCUCACCUCCGCCGGGCGGCUCCGGGGGCUCCCGGGGCUCGGCGCCCCCUGGGGAGACCAGGCCACAACUUGGAGAGGGAGGUAGUACAGCAUGCUGGCCGACCUGCCCCCCGCCCAGGAGGCUGGCGCAGAGGGAGCCAGGCCCCCAGGGCGGCAACGGGGGCCGUACCCGCAGCCCUGGCCGAGCGGAGGUGGAGCGCCUCUUCGGGCAAGAGCGCAGGAAGUCCGAGGCGCCGGGGGCCUUCCAGGCCCGGGACGAGGGGCGGUCGCAGCGGCCCAGCCAAGGUCAGAGCCAGCUUCUCCGAAGACAGUCCAGCCCUGCCCUCAGCAGGGAGGUAACCAAGCCCCUUGCGAAGCAGGCAGAGCCGGCCCGGCGGAGCCAAGCGGAGCCCCCUCAUCCCAGGAGCCCCGAGAGGCGGCCUGAAGGGGACCGGAGGCUCCAGGGGUCCUCGCUGCCCCCGAGGACAUCAGCCUGGACCCCUGAGAGGGAGCGGCGGCCAGAAAGAUCUCUGGAAAGUGGCCGGGCAGGCCCAAGACAGUCUCCGGGGGGCCGGCAGAGUCAGGAGGAGUCUCCAGGUGCCCAGGGCCCUCACAGAUACAUGGAGAGAGGCUGGGCAGCCUGCCAGAGCUGUGUCCUCACCAGCCUACGAGCCCCCCGGAGAGCUCCAGGGUAGGCCCCGA